UCGGGAUCUGGAUCUGGACCUGGACCUGGGAACGGGACCGGGACCUGGAUCUGGACCUGGGAACGGGACUGGGAUCGGGAUCUGGACCGGGACCGGGACUCGUAGCAGCACCGGCAGCGUCGCUUAGGAGCGGCACCGGCGCGGGGCCAUGCCGUACCUGGGCGGCGAGGAGGCGCAGCGGGAGCUGCGGCGGGCGCUGUCCAACCCGCACGUGCAGGCGGACCCGGCGCGGUACCGCGGCGCCGUGCUGCGCGUCAUCCGGCUGAUGGCGCAGGGCGCCGACGUGUCGGGGCUGUUCCCGGAGAUGGUGAAGGCGGGCGCGGUGCCGGACGUGGUGCAGAAGAAGCUGGUGUCGUUCUACGUGCGCGCCCAGGCGCCGCGGCAGCCGCAGCUGGCGCUGCUCGCCGUCAACUCCCUGCGCAAGGACUGCGCGCACCCCAGCCCGGCCGUGCGCGGGCUCGCCCUGCGCACCAUGUGCGGCCUCAGGAUGCCCGGGAUCCAGGAGUACCUGCAGCAGCCGCUGGUGAGCGGGCUGCGGGACAAGGCGUCCUACGUGCGCAGGGCGGCCGUGCUGGGCUGUGCCAAGAUGGUGAAGCUGCAGGGGGACUGCGAAGUGGACGGUGCUCUGGUGAAUGAGCUGUACAGUUUGCUUCGGGACCAGGACCCCAUCGUGGUCGUCAACUGUCUGAGGGCCUUGGAAGAGAUCUUGAAGAAGGAGGGAGGUGUUGUCAUCAACAAACCCAUUGCCCAUCACCUCCUCAACAGGAUGCCUGACCUGGACCAGUGGGGGCAGAGCGAGGUGCUCGCCUUCCUGCUGCGCUACCAGCCCCGCAGCGAGGACGAGCUCUUCGACAUCCUCAACCUGCUCGACGGCUACCUCAAGAGCAGCAGCCCCAGCGUCGUGAUGGCAGCCACCAAGCUGUUCCUGGUGCUGGCCAGGGAGUACCCAGAUGUGCAGGCAGAUGUGCUGGGGCGGGUGAAGGGCCCGCUGCUGUCUGCCUGCACCUCGGAGAGCCGGGAGCUCUGCUUCACCGCGCUCUGCCACGUGCGCCAGAUCCUCAGGAGCCUGCCCGGCCACUUCAGCAGCCACUACAAAAAGUUCUUCUGCUCCUACUCGGAGCCCCACUACAUCAAAUGCCAGAAGAUGGAGGUGCUGUGUGAGCUGGUGAACGAUGAGAACGUGCAGCAGGUGCUGGAGGAGCUGCAGGGUUACUGCACCGACGUGUCGGCGGAGCUGGCGCAGGGAGCGAUCUUUGCCAUAGCCAAUAUUGCCAGGACAUACACGGAGCAGUGUGUGGGGAUCCUGACAGAGCUUCUGGGGCUUCAGCAGGAGCACAUCACCUCAGCUGUGGUCCGUGCUUUCCGGGACCUGGCCUGGCUGUGUCCCCAGUGCACAGAUGCCGUGUGCCAGGCCCUGCCUGGCUGUGAGGACACCGUCCAGGACAGCGAGGGCAAACAAGCGCUGAUCUGGCUCCUGGGCACCCAUGGGGAGAAGAUCCCGAACGCUCCCUACGUCUUGGAGGACUUUGUGGAGAAUGUGAGGUCGGAGUCGCUGGCAGCAGUGAAGAUGGAGCUGCUGACGGCGCUGCUGCGGCUCUUCCUGGCGCGGCCCGCCGAGUGCCAGGACACGCUGGGCAGGCUGCUCUACUACUGCAUUGAGGAGGAGCAGGACAUGGCCGUGCGGGACCGUGGGCUGUUCUACUACCGCCUGCUGCAGUCUGGCGUGGAGGAAGUGAAGAGGGUCCUGUGCAGCCCCAAGUCCGACCCCUCCCUGGGGCUCCUGGGGGACCAGAGCAAGCAGCCUGUCAAUGCCUGGGCUCUGGAGUUCAACACUCUGGCCACAGUUUAUGGCAGAGAGCGCUGGGCGCUCGCCACCGCUCAGCAGCCUGUGGAACCCUCCUGCUCCUGCUCCCCUGGGGCUGACUGCAGGGGCAGAGACACAGAAUCCCUGGUUUCUGGAGGGGAUAAGGAAGUCCUCGAGGUUCAUCCUGACACUCCAGUGUCUGAAGAGAAUAAAGAACUCCUCCAGGCUCAUCCAGAUGCAGGCAGCCUAAGCUUGAUUCCUGAUGUUCCCCUGACUGCAGAAGAGUUUGAGAAGACCUGGCUGAGCCUGGACACGAGCUGCCAGCUCUGUGUGCCCUGGUGUGGGGCUGUCCAUGCAGACACCCUCCAGACAGCCCUUCGUGUCGUGCACAUCCACACCAUCGCCAUGAGCAGAGCUGGAGCCCAGCCCUGGAAAGCUUAUCUGAGUGCCCAGGAUGGCUCGGGCUGCCUCUUCCUCACAGAGCUCCUGCUCCAGGCAGCGCAUUCAGAGCUGCAGGUCUCGGUGAAGCAAAAUGAAGCAAAGCCAGAGGCACUGCAAUCCUUCACGUCAGCCUUGAGGACAGUCCUGGAGGCUGUGGCUGGACUGGAGUCCUGACUGGUCCCUGCUCCCAGCAGGAUGCAUGCUCAGGGCACAGGAAAAGCUGAUUUUUCUGGCUCCUUUUGCCAUACCCAGUGCUGGUUUGGUAGUUUUAAGCUGCAGAGUUUCCAGCUUACCUGGAAAGCCUGGGUGGUGUGGGGAGCAGGGCAGGGUGAAGGGGCUGCCCUCCCCCUGGCUGGGGAAAGGACAGGGUCACUCUGUGUGAGUCACAGCACUGGUGGCAUCCGUGCUGGGUGUCAUGAGGCACCAACAUCACCGCUGGAACCAGAGCUGAGCAGAAUCCAGGGGUGUGUUUUGGAGAGUUUUUUUGGUUUUUUGGUGGGUUUUUUUUUUUUUUUUUUUUUUGAGAAUUAUAAAUAAUUAAAAAAAAAAAAACGAACUGUACACCAAAGGCACCAGGACUCUGCCACUUACCUCACAUGAAGAGAAACAGUGCAGCAAGCAGAGAAUCUUUAUUCUUGGCUCCCUUUAGAUUUGUUUCAAUUUGCUGUCUGAUUUCAGUAGAGGCUUUGCCUGGGGGUGAGCAGAGCUCUGCUGUGCCAGAGGAGGGCAGGCAGGGGACAUCCUGCUGGCUGGAACCGUGUGGGUUUUUAACUGAAAUGUGUUACUGAGGUGAGAAUUGCCCUCUCUGAAGCUCCCGCAGCUCCUUGAUGGAGGGUGAGGUACACAGUGAGAUUGAUCUAACAGGGACUUAGGGUACUCUGUGAGGAGCACAAGCUUCUUUUAGCCCUCUUCUUUCCGAUUUCUUGUAAAUUUUGGUUUCUUUGACUGACUUGAUUGUACCCUCAAAUGGCACUGUGCCUUCCAUGCACUGCACUGAAACCCUGUCACUGUUACACAGACUUCUGCCUUUCCUAAUAAAAGUGUGAAUCAUUCUUGGCUGA